AUGGGUCCUCCUAGUGACAACGAACUAGAGGAACAAUUUCAAGACAAGUUAAAAGAAUUAGUUUUUCAUCGUGGGCAGAUAAAAUCACAUUUAACGCGAUUUAGUUCAUUUGUAAACGCUUUUUAUAUUGCAAACAAGUCGGCAACAGAAUUGGAAAAAAGAUUAUCAACAAUCGAAUCAUAUUUUAAUAAUUUUGAUUCUGUUCAAAGUCAAAUUGAAUUAUUAACUAACAAUGAUGAUAAACAAUUACAAGAAAGGGUUACAUUCGAAGAAGCUUUUUAUAGCACUGUUUCUUCAGCUCAAGAUAUUAUUAAUAACCAUAGAAAGGCACUACCAGGACAAAAUCUGAGUGAGUACUGUUUCAAUAAACUGGAUAAAUUAAAAGAACUGAAGAUCGAUAUUCCACAAGAUUAUUUGGCGGAUGCAAUUAUAACAGGUAUCAAUAAUGAAGAUGUAGUUCGCGCAGCCAGGUCGUCUAAAUUUAGUGAUACUAACGAACUGUAUGCUUAUCUGAGUACCCUAAACAACUUACCCCAAAAUUUCACUAGAUUAGAAAGAAAGCAAUUUGUUUAUCAGCCCAGUACAUCUGCAGCGGAUGCGAAAAAUUCCGUUAAUAGCAAUAACAAAGUUUCAAAAGGCGUAAUUUGCUUUAAUUGUCAAGGGCAGCACUACUUCAAAAACUGCCCUAAACCUAAAUUAGAAUGCUUUCACUGCAAAAAAUUAGGCCACAAGCAAAAUCAAUGUCCUUUGAAAUCGACAAAGAAUAGUUUUAAAAAACAGCACACUGGCAGCACCCGCACGUUGCUAAAACGAAGUGUUAUUGAGAAAUUGGGACUUCGAAUCGAAAAUAAUGAUAUUGGAAAACUGGUAUUGCGAGGUUUUUCUGGAAACUUGGUAGUGAGUGAGGGCACUGUGGCAGUUAGGAUACGAAUGGACAACGCUUGUGCUGAAUUGGAAGUCAUAGUACUCGAUGACGAGCAAAUGAUGCAUGACUGUAUAAUCGGCUGCGAUUUUUUGAAUUUACCACAAGUACUUUUUUACAAAAAUGAUAAAGGUUUUGUUAUCAAAGGACUAAAUGUCAGAAGAACUUACAUGUUUUGA